AGCAAAAGACAUGAUACCUCUCUGUGUGUGGGCUGUUGGGCUCAGUUCUCACUAGCUUUGCUUCAUGUCAAUAUUGCACAACUGAUUUUUUUUUUAAUCGCUAGUGUGUGAUGUAACGUUAUCGCCUUUCAGCCAUAUCACUGCCCAGCACAGCCAUGGGUAAAUGUAAAUUCAAUAAGAAGUUCUAGAGAUUCGUACGAGGCGCGAUGUGAACUUUGUCGCAAAACAUUCAAACUUGGGAUAAUGGAUAAUGUGUCCCUUAGAAUCGCAGCCCUGCAUUCCAAAAAGGAAGACGAGUACUUCACCAUGAGCUCAGACGAUGGUGACAUGGAGAACCAGGUUGAGCUGGAAGAGAAGACAAGGCUCAUCAACCAGGUGCUGGAGCUUCAACACACUUUAGAGGACCUGUCUGCCAGAGUGGAUGCUGUCAAAGAGGAGAACCUGAAGCUGAAGUCGGAGAACCAGGUUCUGGGUCAGUACAUUGAAAACCUCAUGUCCGCCUCCAGUGUCUUCCAGACCACUGACACUAAGAGCAAACGAAAGUAAGGAGAACCUCGGAGAGCCUUGACCUAGAACCCCCCACACAUUCCAUAACCUCAACCCAAAGCCUAAACCUAAACUGUCCUGGAUGACUGGACUCUUAAUGAUCAACAUCAUGGACCCUUUAAUACUGCCUAAGCCUAAAACAUGUCUGCAAACAUGGGUAUUCGUCAUGACCUUAAUAUGUGCACUGGGCAGCAGUGUUGCAUUUUUCACAUCAGAAUGUACAGGAAAGGGGGAAAAAAGCUGGAGAAUUUAAAGCCCUGGAAAAUCAGUCAGAAUACAAAGACCCAGAUUUUUAUUAAGCUCAACUAAUAAGCAGAUAUGCACCACAGUUUUUUGAAAUUUUGAAGUUGAACACAUGUGAGCUGUGGUAACCCUGUAACCCCUGAUUGCAUCUGUAUGCAAAGAUAUAUCUUUUCAGAUGCAUGUUUUAGACUUUAGUCAGCUGCAACUCAGAUCCACAUCUAACUUCAUCUCUCAACCCAAACAUCUUAAGUCCCAAGACACUGAGUACUGAGGAAAAGCAGACACAACUCUAAACAGGUUGUCAUAGAUGUGCAGUUGAUCCCCAAAUCUUCUACCAGUUACAAACAUACAGUGGUGUAGUGAGUGAACAGCAUGUCAGCAUGACAUAGAUAGCAGCCAGUAGUUUUAAUUUUGGUACAGGCUUUUGUCUUUGAGCUACAUUGUGUAAACUUGAUUAAAAACUGGACUGGUACUUAAAUUCAGGUGAACUACGGCAUGUAUAAUUUGUAUGGGGGUUAUUUUAUGCUGUAAAUUAAGUCAGAAUUGGCUCAAUAAUCAGAACUGAUUAAAUAUAAACAUUCACAGCACAAUAAUGAAUAAUUGACUUUAAGAAGGUCAAAAAUAAAUCAAUUGAGCAUGCGUGCAGCAGGGGGGUAGAAAACUCUGGUGGAAACCAUCAAAAUGGCUGUUUAAAUGCAAAUUUGUAUGAUGCAUUUGUUCUCGCAUUUCCCAAACAUUUUGUACCACACGCCACAUUCUGAUAGACAUCUGUCGGCACUGGCUAGCUAACGUGACACAUAUUCCAGUGAGAUAAGGCAGCUAGUAGCAGUAAUAACGAUAACCCAGACUAUACAAAGGUAGCUCUACAGGUAGUGAGAAAUGAAACUUGAGUGUCCCAAAACAUCAAUGGGCAGCAUGGGUUAAAAGCACAGAGCCCCACUCACACAAGUAACGUUAGCAUUAAAAAAAGAUAUAUUAGUAACGUGGAUGUAGUAGUAACGCUAGCACUGAUCAUAGAGCCUGACAAACUUCUGCAAUAUUUCUUUAACUACACUUAAAAACAGUUGCUGUGCAAAACUAUCCACCACCUUAUUAAAAUCUGGGGCUCUGACCAGAUCGCUGCAUGCUAAUAGCUAAUUCUGGACCCUGAGCCUACAGGGAGGUUUCCUUCUUGUGAAAUUUAACGUUUUCCACGCAUUACUUUUGUAGUUUGUGCAGUUAAUGAUGCAAAAUCAACUCAAACAACAACAAAAUCAACAAAAUCAUAAGCUCAGUCAUUUCAGUUAGUUUUCUAUCCCCCGCAUCUCAUAGUGGCGUUGCAAAUCUGUCUGUUUUCUGUAUUCAUUAUCAUGGAAAAUAUGUUUUACUUAAAUGUUAUAGUUCAGAUCAUGCUGAGACUCUUUCAAAGCCAUGUUGUCAGAUGUCCAUUGGCUCACAGAGAUGGUGAUGUUACUGUUCCCCCCCACCCCCACUGAACCAAAAAAAAACCACAAUCCUAUUCAGAUUUUUUUUCUAGAAUUAAAAUGUUUACGUUAAACUUUUCUUUUCUCCUUGUGGCAUAAUGGCUUAGUCGAACACAAUUUUCAGUGUUUGCUGGUGAGAGAUCAUGUCUUUGUCAGUGCACUAGAGACUCCUACUGGUUGGUCAGGGUGCCUGCAUGGAGGCAGCUGGUGUUACCAUGUGUAUCAGAAGAGACACGUUAGUCUACUCCCUCCCCAACUCCAACUGUACUGGCAAGGAGCACAGUACAGGAAAAUUUGGCUGUUCAAAAUGGGGAGAAAAAGUGGGGAUUCAGUAAAUCUUAGAAUUUGUAUUUUUGUUAUAAAAUGGUUUUAUUGUUACUGCUUAUAACUUCUCUAAAGAGAGAAGGGUUAAAGGGCCAUUUUGAAUUGUUUAGUCUUUGUCAUUUCAGUACAAUGUCACUUUUUUGUUGCCAUUUGUUGCUGCUUCUUACAAGUUGGGAAAUAAAUUACUACUUAAACAGACUGUCUUUGUUAAAUCAGUGACAAAUAUACAUACUGUAUUUUAUGCAUAAAUGUUGAAGAAACAUCAUCUAUGAUGUCUUGAAAUAUCUUUAAAUCUGUUGCAUUUGUAUGUUUUUUAUGUAUUGUUUUUUGUUGCGAAUUUAAAAUGACUGGUUUAAUAAAGUGAUGACAUGUU